AUGAGUCUAUCUGGUUUUGGUCUACAGAAAGUUUCUUGUGGUAAUUUGCACUGUGCAGCUUUAACAUUAGAUGGAAGAAUAUUUAUGUGGGGCUAUAAUCAUUUUAAGCAAGUCUGUUUGGAGUCACGAGAUUAUAAGAGUAGCCCCAAACAAUUUACUGAAAAUUCAGACAGUGAUCGCAUCAGAGAUAUGAUAGCAACUGAUAAUCAUACUUUAGCUUACACUCACAAUGAAAAUAUUUAUUAUAUGGGAAAACAUACUGAUGGCUAUACGGAUGUUAUUGUGAACUUAAAUGAAAACUUGAUAGAAAAUUCCAAUAAUCAGGAAACUGAAAAAACUGUUAAGAUAAAGGAACCCCAAGUUUUUGGGGAAUCUCAAAACGUGUGCUAUCAUUGGAGAGUCUUAUCUAGUGGGACAAUAAGUUACUGCUCUAUAGAAAAGUCAACAAUAUGCCCGGAAUUCCAAAACCUGUCUAUUGCUCAACGUUACUUGGAAGAAAUGCUCCUAAUAUAUCACUUACUUAUCAAGCCAUUCCUUAGAAAAAGCAAAGCAAUAACUGCACAUUCCAAUGUAUAUGAAAGUGUUUGUGAUAUUUUUAGUGACAUAUUAAAUCUAACAGCAUUAAAUGUUCUAUCAACUUGGCAGUAUGCUGAAAAACAUAUAAAUGAAUGCGGUUUCGCUCAAAUAAAUAAUAUUGUUGAUGUACCUACAAAUGUUUACAAUAUGUUUAGUGAUCAGUUACCUACAAAUAAACAGAAAAAUAAUAAGAAAACAUCAGAAGCUGUAGUUAGCCUGGCAUUUAUCCAGCCCUUGGUCCGGUUAAGCUCAUAUAAGUGCAUUGCUCAAUCUUUAUUGCGCUGUAUAACUCAGAAAAAGAAAGGUGAUACAAAAACAAACAUUGAAGAGAAACUAACAAAGGUUAUUACCACAUUAGAUUCCGUAAUAGAAGAUCAGGAAAAAAAGAGAAAAGAAGCAGAUAUAACUAAAUUAUUUUGGGAAACAAUAGGGAAAAGUUUGGAACAGUAUAGAACACCGGAACGAAGAUUGAUAAGGGAAUCAAAAUCAAAACAGCUUAAUCUUGUGAACCCAGGUAGAUUUUCCUCCCAUUGGUUCAUUCUCUUUAAUGAUUUAUUUCUUCAUGUCAAUGGAAGCACACCAAUACUUCAUCCCUUAGAAACACUAUGGAUUGACGCAUCACCAAAUGUAGAUAUUCAAAAUGGCAUACAAAUCACUACUCCUGAAGAAAUAAUUUCAGUUUCGACUAAUUCUGAACAUGAGAAAACUGAGUGGAUACAUGUUUUGAAUGCGGCCAUAAAAUCGGUAUUGAAGAAAGACACCUCAUUCAAGCCACCGACAAUUAGAAGUGGCAGUUACGUAUUUUCUAGUAAGAGUUUAUUUUACAAAGACGCGAAGUACGUCGGCCGAUGGCUGGAUGGUAAAUUGCAUGGUCAUGGAAGAGUCGAGUGGCCAGAUGGGAAAAUUUACUGUGGUCAAUUUCAAGUAAAUACGUUAUGUGGUCAUGGGAAAAUGGAUAUACCAGGAGUAGGUAUCUAUGAAGGAAGAUGGAAAGAUAACCUUCAAAAUGGCUACGGUAUUAUGAAGUACGCAUGUGGCGAUAUUUAUGAAGGGUACUUUAAAGACGGUCAUCCUCAUGGUCACGGUAUCAAAAAACAGGGAGAUUUUACAUCGUCUUCCGCAACAAUAUAUACAGGCGAAUGGGUUGGGGGCGCAAAAUAUGGGUAUGGAGUGAUGGACGAUAUUGGGAAAGGCGAAAAGUAUUUGGGCAAUUGGAGUGAUAAUAAGAAGCACGGCUGCGGCCUUAUUGUAACCCUCGACGGUAUUUACUACGAAGGACUAUUUACACAAGACAUUCUCACGGGCCAUGGUGUAAUGGUUUUCGAAGAUGGAACAAAUUAUGAGGGGGAAUUCAGGGCAGCCGGUGUUUUUUCUGGAAAAGGAACCUUAACGUUCUCUAGCGGUGAUAAAAUAGAAGGAUCCCUUAAUGGAGCCUGGACUGAGGGUGUCAAAAUAUCUAAUGGAGUUAUGCAUCUUAAUGUUUCUAACCCGGCCAUGCCUCCAAACUCUAAGCCGAACUCUUUCGGAAAACUUAGCGUUGCGCCAAAUCAAAAAUGGAACGCGAUAUUCCGACAGUGUUUCUACUGUUUGGGCGUUUCCGAAACGAUCCUAACACCAACGGGCAAUCACUUUACCAAUGGCCCUUGCCCCACUUUCGAUAACGUCAAGAUAUGGCAAAAUGUCGCCGUGACUAUAUCGUGUUCACAGAAACAUAAUCAGACUCCGAAGAAAAACGGGUCGGAUCUAGAUAAAUCAGUCGAUUGUUUAGAACUUAUACCGCAUUUUGGUCAAAAAACCCUAACCCUUCAUGACUAUACGGAGUUAAAGCUGUAUUUACAAAAUGCCUGCGAAACAACGCACCACCCUCUCGGUCAGUUAGUAUUGAACGUCACAAAUGCUUUUAACACGACUUACGGUGGUGUUAGGGUACAUCCCCUACUCCUGAGCCACGCGAUCAAAGAACUAAAGUGUAUUACCACGAGAUUGUACCAAGUUGUUAAGCUUUUGUUCCCAGCGUUGCCUGGAGAGGGCACUGAUGUGGUUUUACCGUACGACGAGCGAGAGGACGACGGAAAUCCUAUCGAGGGGGAAGUAGUAUCAGCGGCCUCCCUACUCCAACCCACUCUCUUGCCGCGAGUGCACCCUGCACUGUUUGUCUUGUAUGCGCUUCACAAUAAACGGGAAGACGACUUGUACUGGCGAAGGCUGAUGAAGUGGAAUAAGCAACCUGAUACCACUCUUAUGGCCUUUUUGGGGAUUGAUCAAAAAUUCUGGGCAAAAAGCACCCACAAUUCUCCCACGUACUCACCGAUGAGGGAACAGCUGUUCCAAGAUGCUGUAGAGACUCUUCAGCAGCUCAAGACCACGUUUUCGCCUAUUGAGAAGCUGCUUGUCAUCAGAUCUACCUUCCAAAAGAUGACCCUUGCUGUACAACAGGAGUUAGGAGCCCAAUAUCUUUGGAGUAUGGACGAUCUAUUCCCAGUAUUCCACUUUGUAGUGGUGCGCGCGCGCAUCCUUCAAUUGGGUUCAGAGAUUCACUUUGUUGAAGAUUUUCUUGAACCAGCUAUGGAACAUGGUGAAUUGGGACUCAUGUUUACCACGUUAAAGGCAUGCUACUUCCAAAUUCUUCAAGAGAAAAUGUCUAUGAAUUCUUAA